AUGCCAAACGACGAAGAUAUUCUUGAAAAACUUCGUUCCUCAAUUGGUUUACUAGCUCUAGUCUACAUAUGUCGGCUGUAUAUCAAACUGUCGACUUUCUCAUCGAUAAUUUUACCAUCUACUGCUCGGACGCAUCUGAUAAAACAAUCACUAAAUGAUCGUUACCAUACUAGUCAUACAACCGAAGAUAUUAUGCUGGUGACCAACAUGAUCGAACUAAACAAAGAUCUUAUUAAUCGAGUACUGCUAUUGUCCGAUUUUGAACAAAAUACGAUCAGGUUAGAUGUAAAUCAUAUUACAAUAGAUGUUUUAAAUGAUUUAAUCUUAUCUCCAUUCACCAACAUAUGUUUGAUUUGCAAAAAGUCGCUUACAUCAUAUCGAUCCAAGUUCGUUCAUAUUAUCGAUUGUUUUAAAAUCAUUCGAGCCGUAGCUGUAACUGCUGAGUGUAAAAUAUGCACGCUAAUUUACAAUCAUUCGUCUUGGUACUCAUUGAAGAAUCGAUGGCGAAAGAUCAACACUUCAUCAUUGAAUAGUGUGCACAAAGUGUUUUAUUUGUGUGAUUCACUCGCAUUUACGUAUUCGGUUUUCUUCGAUUAUACAUGUCAACUUCUACACAAUCAAUGUCCAUUUCAAUCGUUUUCUCGAAUUCUUAUUGAUAGAUACAAUUAUGAACAUCAAAACAGCAAUAUCAUUCUGCAGCCCAUUCCAUUAGCGAAGUUAUUCCAAUCCCAUUGGUUAUUAUAUCAAAUUGUACAUUUUGAGUUCAUGUUAGGACGAACUCAAAUAGUUAAUUUACCGGUCUCACUUAAUCGAAAUGAACUUAAUUGUCAUUUUGAAUGUUAUUCUGGUUGGUGGUAUCAUCUGUUCACUACAUUUUGGUCUAGACAUAAGUCAAUUCCAAAUGUGAAAUGUUCUUCAUCAGAUUGUAGUCGAUGCAUUAUUGUGGAUGGCCAUCAGAAAUGUCGACGAUUAAUUGGUUGUCCAUAUACACCUUGCCGAAGAACACAUUCGUCGAAUUCUGUUGAUGCGAUUUAUUGUCGGUACCAUCAGCCCUCGGUUCUUCUAUCGCCGUCUCUUAGUUUACAAAAAGCUGGUGACAUGGCUGCUGAAUUCUCGAAACGGGAUAGAGAUUUUCUAUCAGAACAUAAAUUUCAAUGCCAAAAUUAUCGCAAUGACAGUGAAGAGAUAAAAAAGAAUAAAACUUAUGGCAUACUGGCAUCAUAUCAUCCAUGUGGAGUUGCAGUCGGUUUUACGGAAGCAUUCAAAGCUGAGGGGAUGCGAUCGGUGACUCGUCACCUUUUACUCAUGAUCAUUGGUGGUUGCCUUAUGCCAGAUGCACUCAUGUAUGAUUGCGCCUGCGCAUUAAAGCUGCAUUGGAAUAAAUGGUUAGGUACUGAUAUGCUGAAGACAUCGACAAUAACACAACAUCUUCCAGUUCAUCUAGCCCUCGAUAACUUUCAUCAAAUGACACAUUCUCGACCGAUGUGCCAAACCAUCAUAAAAUCAGACCACCCGUCACAUGAGGGACGAUUUGUUGGUUUAAACAGUCAAGCAGCUGAACAGGCAUUCCAAUACAUAGCACGUGCCAAAUUUGCAUUACGAAACUUUUCGUACCCACAUUCAACAGUAAUGCUGUUGAUCAUGCUACAUCUACUGAACUGUAAAAUAACCGGCAUUAAUUCAGAAACCAUCGGCUUGGGAUUUUUGUACUUCAAUGAUAUAAUGAAGGACUUUUUCGCCACACCAUGCGUGUAUGAACACUUUGGUACGUUAAAUGAUGAAGAGGUGAACAAAGACGAAGAUAAUGAUGAUCAAUCAGACCUGGAUCAUAACGUUACGUCGGAAGACGUAUCAUAA